AAAGCAACGAAUUGAACAUCAUGAAUCAUUGCUCCUCCAAAACAUUAUCCUCUUCUUCAUCCCCAACUUCUCUCACUCCCAUCUUAACAAAACCUAAAUAAGGUGUAAUGGAAGAAGGGUUAUUGCAGAGUAAAGAAUUAUAUGAGUACCUUCUACGUACAAGUGUGUUUCCACGCGAAUCGGAGCUUUUGAAAGAGAUAAGGGAUAUUACUGCAAAACAUCCACUUUCCACGAUGGGUACAGCACCGGAUUCUGGGCAAAUGGUGGCAAUGCUGUUGAAGCUAUUGAACGCCAAAAACACUCUGGAAAUUGGAGUUUUCACUGGAUAUUCUUUGCUACUCACAGCUCUUACAAUCCCUGACGAUGGUCGGAUUACAGCCAUAGACCCCGACAGGAAGGCAUAUGACAUGGGAUUGCCAGUUAUAAAGAAGGCAGGAGUUGAGCACAAAAUCAACUUCAUUGAGUCUCCGGCUCUGCCUGUUCUUGAUAAGCUGUUGGAAGAUAGGAAGAACGAGUCGAGUUUCGACUUCGCGUAUGUGGAUGCUGACAAGAUAAACUACAAAAACUAUCACGAAAGAGUGCUGAAAUUGCUGAAGAUUGGUGGGGUUGUGGUGUAUGAUAACACGCUUUGGUACGGGACGGUGGCGAUGCCGGAGAAAUCAGUGCCGGAGGAUCUUGUUUCGUACAGGGGGCAUAUUGUUGAGCUGAACAAACGGUUGGCCGGCGAUACUCGCGUUCAGAUUGUCCAGAUUCCGUUGGGCGAUGGAAUGACGGUGUGUCGACGUGUGUGUUGAUCCAUUUUCUUGCAUGCUUUUCAUGUUUCCACAAAUAUUUUGUUUUAAUUUGGAGUGAUUGAUCUGAGUGAAUAAAGGCAGGCUACUUUAUUAUAGUGCAUGUUUUAA